AUGUCCUACGAACUGAUGGAAAUUUACAAUUUCGAAAUCAUCCAAAUCCUUUUGCUUACAGCGGUGUAUCUUCAACAUGAUAAAAUGCCCCAGAAAUCCUUCCGAAGCAUUGGCACGGCGAUUCACAUCGCACAGGAUCUGGGGUUGCAUCUCCCUGCGACAAUCGAAUCUAUCAAGGACUCACGUGAGCGGGAUCUUGCGCGUCGGGUUUGGAAUGGAUGUAUUAUCAUGGACAGAAUUGCUUCUAUGACUUUUGGCUGCGCACUCAAAGUUCCCCAAGCUGUUGCAAAACAAGGAUUGGAUACUUUGGGGCUACACUCAGUGGAGUUCGCCAGUGGCACUGGGAAUACGGCUCUACCUUCGAAGGUGGAUUUUUACAUAUCAUUCUGCCGACUACAUCACAUCAUAGGAGACGUGUUGGAAACAUUCUAUAACUCCUGUGAUUCCAAAGCCGACACCGAUCUAAGCAGAAAUUUCAAUGGUGUGAAGUUAAGCUCACCAUUAUCCUAUGAUAAAUUCGCGAGCCUGUUUAGAAUCGAGUCGGAUCUGUGCAAUUGGACCGAAACCCUUCACUCCUAUUUUCGAAUGCCGUCGGAUCUUGAAGAUCCGACGCCGACAAAGUAUAUCAUACGUCAAGCAAACAUGUUGCGCGCCCGAUAUCUUUCUGUCCGGCUUCUACUGUUUAGGCCGUUCCUUUCGCAGGUGCGCCAGCCAAAGGCAGACAAUGCUCAUGGUGUCAGUUUGUACUCGGAAGAUCAAAUCAUCGGACAUAUGGUCUUUCAGUGCCAAAUUCGGUGUGUUAAAGCUGCCGGAGAUAUGAUAGAUUUCAUCACCAGAAAUCUACCGGAGCAGACGCAAGCGUAUAUACUACCAUCGAACUGGUACACUGUCUCAUAUACAUACAUGGCAGUAACUAUUCUGCUUGCAGCUCAAAUGUCCCCGGAGAUAGUGGAAUAUUUUUCUCUGGCUCGUCUGAGAGACCUUUUGCAACAGGCUCGUGAUAUUCUCAAAGGUUAUGAAAAGUAUACUACAUUGGCUUCGAGGUGCAGCGCUGUUCUCGAAUUGAUCCACAAUAAUAUUGAUAUGCGCUGCUCUCGAACAGACUGCGCCGCCGAAGAAGGUCCGCAAGACGCAAUCAAUUGUGACAGCACAAUAAUUCAAGGCGCAACCAUGGAAGGACAAGAGCCUCAAAAUCAUUUAGGAAACUUGGCCUGGCUUGAGAAUUAUGCCUUUGAUUGGAAUGAUUGGCCUUUGUUCUUUGCACAGCUAGACGACGAAACUGUUCCAGCUGAAAGAUGGGGAAUGCAAGCAUAG